AUGGUUCAAAAGGCAGCCUCUAUCGCAUCGUCAACACCGUCUGUCAGUUGGAGGGGAUGGUUAUGGGACUCCGCUGAUGUUUCGAAAGAAGAGAGGAGGUUUCUUCUCAAAUUGGACUUUACGUUAUUGACAUUUGGUACGCUUGGGAUGUUAAUAAAAUGGAUUGACACAUCCAACAUCACCAACGCUUUCGUUUCUGGGAUGAAGGAAGAUCUCAAUCUUUAUCAGAACCAGUAUAAUUAUAUCAUUGUUUCAUGGACCGUCGGCUAUAUCGUUGGACAAUGGCCAUCAAAUUUCAUCUUGACUCGAGUUCCUGCUCAUAUUUGGAUUCCAUUUCUGGAAAUCGGCUGGACAGUCUUCACAUUCGCGCUCGCUGGUGCAAAGUCGUAUACACAUUUACUUGCUCUGCGUUUCGUCGUGGGUCUCUUUGAGGCCGGAUAUUGGCCAGCUCUGUACUACAUACUUGGUAGUUGGUACAACAAGCGUGAACUCGGAAAGCGUAAUGGCAUCCUUCAAUCUGCAGUAUCCAUUGCACCAAUCUUCAGUGGAUUUCUGCAAUCCGGAAUUUACAAUUCUCUCAACGGCAAAGCUGGUCUUGCCGGAUGGAGAUGGCUUUUCAUUAUCAAUGGUGUAAUUUCACUUCCGGUCGCUGUUCUAGCCUACUUCUUUUUGCCGGAUACUCCUCACACCGCGAAACCUACUUGGGUAUUCACAGAACGUGACAUCGAAAUUGCUAAAGAGAGAAUGGAAAGAGUCGGCCGUCAACCCGAAGGCAAGCCAUACACGUUUAAGACCAUACUAGGUUACUUGACGAGUUGGAAGACAUUACUAUUCACACUUAUAUUCACGAUGCAACCAUUCACAUCUGCACCAUCCACCUCCUUCGUUUUCUGGCUCAAAGCACAUAACAAGAAGGGCAAACCACCUGUCUACAGUAUCUCACAAAUUAACGAGUAUCCAACUAUAGCUAAUGCAUUCAAUGCCGUCUACUCACUCCUCACCGUAUGGAUCUCUGAUGGACCACUCCGAGGUCGUCGCUGGCCAACCAUCAUCUUUGGAAACCUGGUCGCCAUCGUUGUCUUCGUUCUCCUGGUUGUGACUCCAGUGUUUGGGCCUUUCAGCCAUCGCGCACCUCUGUACAUCGUAUGUGGGAUUGGUGGAAGUGCUGUUCCAUUGACUAUGGCUUGGAUGGCAGAAUUGAUCUCCGAUAAUGCGGAACAAAGAGCUUUUACUGCCGCGUCGAUGAAUACACUGCAAUAUACUUUCAACGCCUGGAUUCCACUAGUCUGGUUUCAACAGAUUCAUCAACCGAAUGUUACACCCGGUAACAGAGGUGCUGCCGUUGUAGCAGGUCUUAAUGUCCUCGUAUUUUCACUCAUUACGUAUCUGGCUCAUAGAGAAAAGUUACAGAAGAAGAGGAAUGGCCAACUGGCUCCUACAAAUGGGGUGCUGGAUUCGGAGACGCAGAGUACCGAUGGGGAUGAGAAGAAGGCUGUGGUUGUUGGUGACAAGGAAAUCGUUCCUGUCGAGAAGAUUUAG